AUGAAAAAAUAUAUUAUUAUCUAUAUUAUAUGUGUAUUUUUAAAUUUCAAAAUAUUUUCCAAAUCAUUUGGAAUUAAUUAUAAUGGAACUUCUUUUGAACUUCCACAUUGUACAAGAACAAGUACAAUGGAAGGUUCUAUUUAUUCACUUAAUGAUUAUGGUAAUAUAACUAAAGAAUUAUUUUCAACUCAACAUCAAAUGGUUCUAGGUGAAACAUCCUGUGUUAUCAUUAAUAAAAAUAAUGAAAAAAAUGAUAGUUUUUUACAUACAUUACAUUAUUAUCAAUUAGAACAACAUUUUCCAAUAACUGGUGAAUAUACAUUUGGAAUACCUUAUGUUUCAACAUCAUGUAUAUGUGAUUGUUAUGGAGGAAAUCAACAUUGUAAUUUGAGAGAUUACAAAUACAAAGAUUGUUUUUCAGCUCCUGUAUGUUAUAGAACAUUCCAUCCGUAUCAAUCAUCAAUUGGAUGUUCAUCAACACAACAAUCAGAAUUAUGUUGUGAAACAAAAAUUACACCAUAUAAUAAUUGGAUAUAUCAAGCUAUUCGUAUAAAACAACCUAAUAUAUUUGUUAUAUUUAAAUAUAGAGUAUUUCAAAAAUUUAAUGAUAUAUGGAGGCAAUAUAAUGAUGAUACUAUUGAAGUACCAUUAAAUAAUGGUGAAGCUAAAUUUGAUAUAAAUAGUUUUCAUAAAAUUGAAUUAAUAGUAGCAGGAAGUAGACCACACAGACAAGUUGAACCAGGAUUAUAUUUUUAUGAAAGAAAAUAUGAUUUUGAAAAUGUUGAAAAAAAUAUUAAUAUUCAUUCAGGUGUUACAUUAAAUGAUAUUCUCGAGACUAGUUUAGAUAAACUUGGUUGGUUUAGGUUUGAAAAAAAUCGUUGGAUAGUUAAAAAAGGAAAUAUAAAAAUAACUGAAGCUCAUCAUGCUAAUGUUAUAGAUUGUAAAGAACAAUUAUACUCAUCAACAUUAAAUGCUGAACAAUAUGUGAUAAAAAGUAACAAUGGUGAUAUAAAAAAUUUUGAAUUAGGUAAUUUAUUAUCUGAUGAUCCAUGGAUUAAGAGUGUUGAAGUUAAAGAUAGAAUAAUGAAAGUAGUCCAUGGUGAAGGAAUAUCUAUUUUUGUUAAUAUGAAAACUGAAAUUAAAUCAAAUUUAUACUAUCAUUCUAGUACAUUUACUAGUUUUGAUGGUACAAUACAAUUAGAUAAAGAUUCAAAUAGAUUUCUUAAUAUAACUAUUUUUGGUGGAAAAGGAACAUUAAUUGGACAAAUUUAUACAAAUAAUGAUAAAUUAAAUGUUGAAGUUGUAUUUUCAAUACAAAUUGAAAAUAUUGAAGAUGAAUUAAAUCUUUUUAAAACAAUUGUCCCAAUUCCACCAUCAAUUAAUAGUACAAGAUAUAUAUGUUUUUAUCCAAGUGAAUAUUUAGAAGCAAUAUCAUGUAAAUGGUUUAAAUAUAUAUCAGUACCUUUGGUAGAGUAUAGUGUUGCAGAACCAUGGCUUACUGGAAAAUCUCACUGUAUUGAAUGUAACUCGCAAUCAAAUGAAAAUUGGUUAAUCAAAAUAAGUCCAAAAAAUUGGUUUUCUAAUUUAAAUUCACCUACAGAAAUACUUAUACGUGUUGUCGAAAUUUCUAUGUAUAUUUUAUUAAUUAUUUUUAUAUUUUGUUUUUUUACACAAUGUAUUAUACCAGUGAUAAGAUGUUCUAUGUGUAUUGGAAAUUGCUUUUCUAGUUCAAAAGUGCCUGCCAAAGUAUAA